AUGGCAUACGACGUGAAAGAGUCCAUGGCGUUGGACAAGGUCGUCAAGACUUUGAUGCCACGUUUGGCAGGGAUCCGGCGCAAUAUGGUUGGCAAAGAGAUGAUGUUGGGCAUCUCCGACUUCCGUCUCCUGGGUUUCUUUGUGCUGAACACCUCAGUCAUGACGAUUCAAGAAACACACUACAUACCUAGAUGGUCAUCGAGAUUCAUUUCGUGUGUUGGACUGCAAGACGACAUCGCGAUAAGCAUUGGCCUUGUGGGCUCCAAAUCUCCACAGGGUCUUGGGCGCCGCGCUAAGCCACUAACAACACGAUCUGCCGGGUGGCAGAUCCAACGCCAGGGCAACGCCAACAACGGGCGCCAACCCUCCCGUCAGCAACCCUCAACAGACCCUAACCCGUCAGUACAACCUCAUACAAAGUAA